UUCAGUCAGUCCACGACCGUGGCGGUGCGCAGACGCAUACGACUAACGCGCGACUAAUCGCAGAGAGCAUAAGGCGCGCGCGUUUAAUCGCAAAUAUUGUGAUAGUGUUUGUGACUGUGAUAAUACUAGUAUAAUAUGGAUUGCGAUAUUUGAAAAAUGGACGAGACGUGACACAUAAGAAAAGCAACACAUCCUAAACUCAAAUCUCGAUCUCAGAUAAGUCAAAAUGCCGGCCAUACUAACAAAGAUUCGGGAGCAGGCGUCGCGGGUUCAGCCGUCGAUCGCUGUAGGCGUUGGUGUUGGCGUGGCCUUAGCCGCUUGUGCGCUAUACGGCACUAGGGAGAGAAAGCAGGCUCCUUGUAACAACAACAAUAAUAAUUAUAAGAUCGCAAAAAAUGGCGAACUACAUUCUGUUCAGAAUGGUUCCAACGGGCAAACUUGUGGCGGGCGAUGCGGCGCGGAGCAGUGCGCCCUCUGUCGGGGUGACGUCGACACCGACAACAAACAGAAUAUUGAAGACGCCGAAGAACCAGCGCCAGAAGAAAAACACGUCCCUGGACUAAACCUGGAGUUCCUCCGGCAAAUGGUGUCUCUAGCCAAGAUUAUGGUACCCGGGUUCCGUAGCCACGAGGUCGCCUUGCUGACUGGACACACACUGUGCUUGUUCACGAGGACUUUGCUCUCUAUUUAUGUUGCUGCUUUAGAGGGGUCUAUAAUGAAACACAUAGUCCAAAAGGACCUCAAGAAAUUCGCCGCCCUUCUCCUUCAAUGGUUCGGAAUCGCCAUCCCAGCCACCUUCAUCAACUCCAUGAUCCGAUAUCUGGAGAGCAGACUAGCACUUGCCUUCAGGACGAGACUGGUCAACCAUGCUUAUGACAUGUACUUCAAGAAUCAGACGUACUAUAGGGUGGCUAACUUGGACGCUAGGAUUGAAAACGCUGAUCAUAGAUUAACAGAAGAUGUGUCAGUGUUUACGCAGUCUGUGGCACAUCUGUACGGGUCUCUGACGAAACCCUGUUUCGACCUGCUCCUCAUAGUGCUGACGCUCGCCAGCUAUUCUAGCAAGAUGAAGGGCAACAUUUUCAUUGGGCCCGGUUUCGCCACAGUGGUAAUCUGCAUGACUGGUCAAGUCCUGCGUAUGCUGUCGCCUCGUUUCGGAGCUCUGGCUGGCGAGGAAGCCAGGAUGAAGGCCAACCUUCGCCACGUGCACGCUUCUAUCAUAGCUCAUGCUGAGGAGGUCGCUUUCUACGGUGGACACAAGGUGGAACUAGGCCAGCUACAAUCAGCCUACAAGGAACUAGUCGCGCAAAUGACCGGAGUCUUCAACAAGAAGCUGUGGUACGUCAUGCUAGAGCAAUUCUGCAUGAAGUACGUGUGGAGCGGCACCGGCAUGGUCAUGCUAGCGCUGCCCAUCCUCACCGGGACCAAGGGCGACGGAUCGGCGAGUGAAGGUAUCAGCGCCCGAACAGAGUACAUGACUACUUCUAGGCAUCUGCUGAACUCUGCUGCUGACGCCAUUGAGAGGCUCAUGUCCAGUUAUAAGGAAGUAGUGACGCUAGCGGGCUACGCUGAACGUGUCUCCGACAUGUUGGACGUGUUUGGCGAGGUGGCGCGCGGAGAAUGCGUUCGAAACGUCCACGUCUCCGCUUCCAAGGACAACCCUAAUGCCUUCCAAGUCACGUUUAGGGACAAGCGGCCUGUCCCACAAGGAAAAAUUACCUAUACGAACGACCUAUCAAUCCGACUUCGCAACGUGCCAAUAGUGACGCCAGCGUGCGACGUGGUCGCUAGCGGAGUGUCACUAGACAUAGCACCAGGCACACAUCUACUUAUAGUUGGACCCAAUGGCUGUGGCAAAUCCAGUUUGUUCCGUAUAAUCUCCGGCUUAUGGCCGGUGCACGGCGGCUCGCUGGCCGUGCCGCGGCCCUGCGCAUGCGCGCACUGCGCCGACGACGCGCCACCUACAGGCCACUGCACAUCCAGGCCUAUCAUGUUCUACAUCCCUCAAAGACCAUACAUGUCCAUGGGCUCUCUAAUGGACCAAGUGACGUAUCCGACUCGCGUUUCGCCCGACGACCAGGAAGCAUUCGAUCGCGCCACACACAUCCUCAAGGUCGUGCGGCUCGACGCAUGCGCGGCGCGACAUGGCGGCCUCAGGGCCGUGCGCGACUGGCGCGCCACCCUCAGCGGCGGAGAAAAGCAGAGAAUGGCCAUGGCUAGGAUGUUCUACCACAGACCCGUAUACGCGUUGCUAGACGAGUGCACUAGCGCCGUUUCCAUGGAAACCGAGGUCGUUAUGUACGAAGAGGCGGUGAAAGAGGGCAUUACACUCCUCUCUAUCACGCACAGGCCUAGCGUAUGGAAAUACCACACGCAUGUCCUAGAGUUCGAUGGUACUGGCAACUGGUCCUUCCGGCCGCUAGAAAAGGACGCCCCCGCUAUUACCCCCUCCAUUACCCCUUCUCUUCCCCCUCCUACCACCACACAGAGCGACAGCGAUUAGAACUGUAUGGUCAUACUGAGUAUAAUAUAACAGGCCUUUGCAUCUAUAACAGAUGAUUCAAGAAACCAUACUUUGACCAUAAAAACCUUAAUAAGGCAGAAUGACAAAAAAUAUUCAAAAAUUAAUUUCACAAAUACGUGCCUAAAAUCUAAAAUCAUAGUGGUAAAUAUAUCGUCACUACUUAAAAAAAACUUGUAUCUUCGUCUGUCAAUGAAAUGAAAAUUGUGGUAAGUAUGUAUGGAAUGCAUACUUACUGCGUUUUAACUUUGAGGAGCAGCGUGAGAUACGAGAUUUUUUCAAAGUAGUGUCGAUGUGCCCCCUGCCCUAUAAGCACAGUAGUAACACAACAAACGUACGCCGCGCGGUAUGUAUGUGUGCGCGCUGUGUUCAUACGCAACACAUGUGAGCGGAUGAGAAAGAUUCAUUC